AUGCCGCCCUCUGACCUCAAUACCGGUGGCGCUUUUGACAACAGCGGAACCAAGUCUACCCCAAUGACUUCAUCUGAUGCUUCCAGGAUUCAGUCAUCUCAGGCUCUCGGUGGGAAGGACAUGUCUUCCGGCGGUUUUGCGACGCGUGCUCAGAGUGCUGGCGCUAAGAAUGGAAACCAGGCGGGUACUAGUAAAAGGUAG